GCACGUGGUGUAUCUAAAAAGAAAAAUGUCGCAACAACGAAAAAAGUCAGCGAAGAAUCCUGAUACUUCAAAGUCAAUCCAACCUGUGACUACUCCUCCGACGUCAAGCCAGCAACCUGGAACCCCUCCGUAUGUUUCUGGAGCUAGUCGUGUGCAGCUCAAACGACAAAAUAACGACUGUAUGGUUGCCUAUGUACAAAAUCUUUCACCAGAAAAAAGAAGCAAAAGAAAUCCAAACUGUCGAUACUAUAACAUGCAGUUACAGACAAACGACGGAAGUUUUGAAGCUGUCUGUUACAAACCUGAGGCAAAAAGGUUAUUUGAGGAAGCAUGUACACAGAAAUCAGCAAUAAAGUUAACACGGUUCAAAAGAAAGGCAAACUAUAAAAAUAAUUUGAUACAAGAUAUCGAAAUUGGAAAAUUCACAACAGUGUCUGGGGAUACUGCUAAUUUCCCAUAUGUAGGAUUGAAAAAAGAUGUGGCACAACUCACCACAGUCGUGGAUAUAAAAUAUCAUGGUUAUGACAAACAAAUGGUGUCUGUGGAAGGCUACAUCAAUGUCAAUGAAUGCUACCAGUCUGCGUAUAGUCAAUUCAGCUCCAAGAAAGAAGUUUACUUCAAUGACGAUACCAACGCUAUUGUCCUGACACUAUGGGAUGAUUGCAUAAAUCUUGUUCCUCGAAGUGGGACAUAUAAAUUAUCUAAUGUAAUUGUGAGGUGUUUGGAAUCUUACAAGGAUGAGCCUGUUAUUAUCAGCACAGUGUCGAGCACGGUGAUUGAGAUUUCAGUGGUUAACAUCAAGCAAAUGAUGCCAGCUUUUACAAUCAAUCGCAUAAAGAAAUUCCCAAUUCUGGAUUUUAACAUAUCAGCAAGAAACAAAAAGUGUCCCAAAUGCAAAACAAAUGCUGCUGCCGAUUCGCUGACUGAUUUUUUCAAAUGCAUUUCGUGCUCGUCUUUUUCAAGAUAUUCAAAACUUGAAACUAUGCGAACAGUCAAAGUAACAUUUGAAGAAGACAAAGAAAAGGAGGUAACAAUAUUUGGGAUGCAGCUGCAAGAUUAUUGUGCACAUUUUGGGAUCAGCGUGAAUGACGAAGAUGCCAUAACUGAAAGUUUUCUAAAAAACGAAAAAUCAAGUGCUGUAGUUAAUCGACAGGAUGUGUGUGUUGCUUUUAAACAUUAACCAACUCAAAACUUUUAUGAACACUUUUCAGUUAUUAUUGGUUGUUGUUUUUUGUUAACUUUGUGCACUUAUGCAUUUUAUUUUUGGUUAUAUAUUUGUGGGUAAUUACUAACUAUAGCUAGCUAUAAGUGGCUCUACCUAUAUCUCUAUCUUGUAACAUUUCACAAAGGAACGAAAAAACUUACUUUCUUGUAGCCAGCACACGAAAUUGCACUCUAGCUAAAACUACCACUCAUAUUUUGUUCGUAAAUCAGUCAUUGACACUGUAAGUGACUGGUUGGUUUUAUAUUUGAUAUGAUAAUGUUUAGAUAGCAAUAGAUUUUGUUCUCAAUAACAUUUGCAGAGACAACAUCCUGUUCUCCUUAAUUAGGCGGACGUCACAAAUAUUUGGUGUUAGAGUCACCGACCGACCCUAAUUUUUGAUCGAAAUUUUUGAUAUACUGAGUCGGAAAAACUAAAAUGACAAAAAAAUAUACGCUGGUUGUCUCCCCACAGCCAUUACCCACAAUUAUUGUUGUGCUUCGCUUUUAAAAUGCGAAAAGGGUUCUGAGAACUAGUUGAAAACGGCGCGCGGAAACUCUAUUUAAACGAGGUGCCAAAGUUAUCAUUAAAUAUCGGCGAUUUAAUGGCUGGAUGGUUGGAUACAAUUUUUCGAAUUUUUGAGUUAUCAUUCGCCGACCGACCGACUCUAUUUUUGGUCCUCAAAUGACUCUAACACCAGAUAUUUGUGACGUCCGCCUUAGUCAGUAUCAUCGGUCUGUGUGUCUGCCAUUAUUUUUCGUUGCCCGUAUUUUUUAUUAAAUCAGCGUUUUGGAUUGUACUGAUUUAUAUUAUCGAUGUUGCCAAUUUCGAUACCCCGCAGUUUUCGUGUAUAAAUAAGAUUUUGGAAAUGUGUUAGUGCAUUAUCGAUUUUACGUGUUUUUAACUAAUAACAUCUCGAAGCCAAUUUUUUUAUUAAGUACGUAGAACUAACUCACUUUAUUAACCUGCAGUUAACAUUCGAUUAUUCGUCUAUCGUGUGAUAUAGUUACGUAUCGAUAUUCUCGCGAAAUAGGAUAAAUCGCGCGGAUGGUAUUCGGCGAAAGUUUCUUUUUGCUUCUAAAUGAGGCUCACACGAGCCAAAAUGUUUUCGCUGAACCAAGUUAUGUUGUUCUGCCCAAUCUUUGGACAUAAAAAUGCAGUCUUACGAACUGGGCAGGGGCGUCACAAGAUUGGGCAGAAGACCAUGCUUGGCUCAUCUUCAGACGCCUUUUAGAUUUUAAAGAAGGGAUGUGCCACACAAGCUCUGUUGUUUGCAAGACCCAACAAAUAUUCUCAGGCACUAAAACAUAUUUGGGGUAUGUACACAAAAAACAAAAAUAUUGAAUUGACUAGGUCAGUUUUGGGACUCAAUAAAAAUCAUUACUAGCUAGCUGUAGCUAGCACGUAUUAUACAUUUAGUAUUUAUAUACAGCUUGUAGUAGCUGGAUGAGAAGUUUAGCUAGCUAUAGCCAGCUAAUAUGUGGUUGAAUAGUUUCAAUUUUUUUAUACACAUGUAACUAGCUAUAUACAUGGUAUAAUUUUUUGGUCUUUUGAUUUGCCAAGAAAAGAUUCAGUUUAAAGUUCCUUAUUAUUAAUUGUUGUCUUUUUCUUCCACAAUUGUUCUAAGAUUGGACAUGUACGUCUGUAAAUUAGGCAGUCCAGUUUUAAGACUGGCCACCCAUUUGUCACUGUCAGAAGAUUGGCCUGGCCAGUCUUAAAGACGGGGCGCGUUCCAAGAUUGGGCAGAACAAUGUCACGUGAAAAUGCUCCUUCUGCUCAGAACAUUGAAUAUAUAUAGUAUCGUAUGGUUGUCGUUGCUAGAUCUGUUCAAUCAGCUUCAAAAACGUCUUUUUCAGAUGAUCAUCAUCAAAAAUAAUGAACUGUCUGUGGUUUCUCAUAUUAAAAGAGUUUUGAAUAUUGAGUUUGACUUAAACCAUUCUCAUCUCAAACAUGCACUAGAAGACAUUAUAUAUUGUAACUUAUUUUCGUAGUAAUCGAGGCAAGUUACGCAUGCGCCUGAUAGCGCAUGCUUGAAAAGAACUUUCCCACCCAUUUUUACUCACAAGUCAAUUCUAUUCGUACGGGUUAGACGACCCGCCCACCCUCCCCUGUAAGUUGAGGAAAUUACUCAGAAAGUAAUAUUAAGAUUGGCUGAGUGACAUAGAAUCUUAUACCUAUCUAUACGGUUUCUUCCGGAAAAAUAGACGAAGUCAAUCCCCUUUGGCUCGGGAUAACUGGAAGUUUUUAUCCUGGAAUCGGUAUAAGACUCAAAUGUAUAAUCUCGGCAAGGUAACAAGUCUUAAAAUGCUUACACGAGCUAAGAAUAAUUGUGGUACUAUUAAGAAGUAUAGACGGAAAGUCCGUAAGGAAAUUGUUGUUAUUGUAACCUGAGUUGUGUUGUAAUUAUAUAAUAUUGAGUAUAUUGGGAAUUGUAAAUACGUACGAAUACCGAAGAUGACUCCAC